UGCGCUCAUUUCCAUUCUCUCAGAUUCACUAGCCCUCAUAGAAAAAGUAAAAUGAAGGUGAUAGCUGCGUAUUUGCUGGCUGUUUUGGGAGGGAACAUAAGCCCUUCAGCUGAGAAUUUGAAAGACAUCCUUGGAUCCGUUGGAGCUGAAGUUGAUGAUGAUAAGAUUGAGCUGCUCCUGUCUGAGGUGAAGGGUAAAGACAUUACUGAGCUUAUUGCAUCUGGAAGAGAGAAAUUGGCAUCUGUCCCUUCUGGUGGUGGUGGUGCUGUUGCAGUUGCAGCAACAGGUGGCAGCGGCCGUGCUGCUGCUGCUCCUGCUGCAGCAGAGCCAAAGAAAGAGGAAAAGGUGGAAGAGAAAGAGGAAUCAGACGUUGAUAUGGGCUUCAGUCUGUUUGAUUGAGAAAUUAGGAUAUCAUAUUAUGUUUCAAGAUUACUCCAAUUCAGGGCUUGGUAGAAAUCACAAGUUCAUGUUUCUGCAGGCUUUUUUUUUUUUUUUUUUAAAGUUUGGUUCUCUUUUAAGACUGGCAAGCUAUGCAGAAAUCUUACAGAUUAACUUAGUAUUGUUCUUUC